UCCUCACCAUCGUGGAGGGUCAACCCUCCUUUUCCCCACCUAAACCCUCUCUCUCUCUCUCUCUCUCUCUCUCUCUCUCUCUCUUGGUCCGCCGUCUCCGCCACAAUGCCCCAUCUCCGUCUCCUCCUCCUCCUCUCUCUCCUCUCCUCCUCCCUCUCUCAGCUCUCUUCUCCCUCAGCCGUUCUGAUCGAUUGCGGCGCCUUUGCCCCCUCCGUCAUUGACGGCCGUCGAUGGCUCCCCGACGAGGGGUUCGUAUUCGCAGGAACACCGAAGAACAUCACUGCCGCCGGGAAUCUCCUCGACCGUACCUUAACCACCGUCAGAUCCUUCCCUCUCACCGGUGGCCUUCGCCGGAAAUUCUGCUACGUCGUCGGCGUCUCCCGAGGAUGGAAGUACAUGAUCAGGACGACCUACUUUUACGGCGAAGUUAACGGCGUUAAUUCGCCGCCGGUGUUCGAUCAGAUUGUUGACGGCACCGUUUGGAGCGUAGUCAACACCACCGCCGAUUACGCAGAUGGCCUCGCGUCCUACUAUGAAGGGGUUUUCGUGGCGCAGGGAAAAUCUAUGAGCGUCUGCGUUGCCGGGAAUUCUUAUACUACUUCCGACCCCUUUAUCUCUGCCUUGGAAAUUGUCAGAUUGGAUGGUUCCCUUUACAAUUCCACCGAUUUCACAGGUUUCGGGCUGCGUCUCGUCGCCAGGCACGCUUUUGGUUACAGCGGAUCGCUCAUCCGGUCUCCAGAUGAUCAGUUUGAUAGGUUUUGGGAGCCUUACGCGUUCAAUUCUACGAUACCGAACAAUAGGAAAGUGCAGGCUUCUGGUUUCUGGAACCUUCCGCCUCCGAGGAUAUUCAACACGGGUCUUAAAUCUACACAGCUUCAGCCUCUAAAGUUCAUAUGGCCUCCAACAGCUUUACCAAAGUCGACUUAUUAUAUCGCCCUAUACUUUGCACAUGAUUCUGACUCAUUGGCUGAGGGAUCCAGGAUCAUUGACAUAACCCUCAACGGUAUAACAUAUUAUAGGAGUUUGAAUGUAACUCCAGCCGGCGCAGUUGUCUUCUCGACCCGAUGGCCUCUCGAUGGGACUACAAUGUUAACUCUAAAUCCUAGCAGGGAGUCAACCCUGGGACCCCUCAUCAAUGGUGGUGAAAUGUUUGAGCUGAUUCCCCUUGAAGGAAAAGCCCUUGUACGAGAUGCAACUUCUCUAAAUGCAAUUAAAAACAGUCUGCAGAACCCACCAGUUGAUUGGAAUGGUGAUCCUUGUCUUCCUCGACAGUAUUCGUGGACUGGUGUCACAUGUUCUGAAGGCUCCCGUAUUCGCGUAGUCAGUUUGAACUUAACUAAUAUGGGCCUUUCGGGUUCAUUAGCUCCUGAAGUCGCCAACUUAACAGCAUUGUCUGCCAUUUGGCUGGGGAACAACUCUCUCUCAGGACCCGUACCUGACCUCAGUUCACUCAAAUUGCUUGAAUCAUUGCACUUGGAAAACAAUCGGUUCACUGGAAACAUACCUCCUUCAUUUGGAGAAAUGCAGAACCUGAGAGAGCUGUUUUUGCAAAACAAUAACCUAACGGGCCAAAUUCCAAGCAACCUUCUUAAGAAACCAGGACUGGACCUUAGGACUUCCGGCAACCCGUUGUUGGCUCUGCCUCCGCCUCCGAGUUGAGCUGUCAUUAACGAGAAGAGACUAUAUGUAAAAAAGAAAAAAAGGAGAAAGAAAAGUCUUUUACACAUGUCUCUUGGCAUGGACGAGAAUUUGUGCUUUGUGUGUUGUAGCCUCCGGUGUGCAAGUAGAUACCUCACUCACGAAUGGUCAUUACAGAACAAAAAGUCUUUAUACACUGUACUCGUGACAAAAACUCUUCAUUCUUUUGUUCAUUGAACUGUUUUCCACUUCAUGUUUGUGUAAUGAGAUGAGAAGAUGAAAGCGUGGAAAGAGAUGUGAUAUUUGAGCCUC